CCUACCUCUCCCAAAAAAAAAAAAAAAAAACUCUCCCGAGCUCUCCUCGCCGCCGCCGCCAUGUCCGGGUUCGCGCGGCGCCUCGGCGGGAUCCCGUGGAGGGAGAUCGCCGGGGAAGCCUUCUCCCGCGUCUUCCUCGUCGCGCAGGCCGUCUGCGCCGUCCACGUCGUCAACGCCCACGUCUGCUCCUUCGCGCUGGUGAUGGGCCCGAGCAUGCUGCCGGCGAUGAACCUGGCGGGGGACGUGGUGGCGGUGGACCUGGUGAGCGCGCGGCUCGGGCGGGUGGCGAGCGGCGACGCCGUGCUCCUCGUCUCGCCGGAGAACCCGCGCAAGGCGGUCGUCAAGCGCGUCGUCGGGAUGGAGGGCGACGCCGUCACGUUCCUCGUCGACCCCGGCAACAGCGACGCCUCCAAGACCGUCGUGGUACCAAAAGGCCAUGUCUGGGUGCAGGGUGAUAAUAUUUAUGCUUCUAGAGAUUCAAGACAGUUUGGACCUGUCCCUUAUGGUCUAAUUACAGGGAAGAUCUUUUGUCGGGUUUGGCCACUGAAGGAUUUUGGUCCGAUAGAUCCAAUGUCAGCUGAGUAGGGAAUUUAUCGAAGACGGCAUGCAUAUCUUGAGAUUUUUAUGAUCAGGCAACAAGGCCCUACAUUCUGGUUCAUGGUGUCUGCCAUGGCACAUUUUACAGCAAAACCGAGAGCAUCAAAGUUUAUUGCUCAGUUUUUUAACAUGAGAAUUUUGGCCAUAGUCCUCAAGGGAAUCCCAAGUUCUCAACCAUGCUCUUGUAUAAAUUGAACAGUGUAACUUUGGUGUACGAAAUUUUUAGAACAUUAUUGAGAUAGACCAAAAUUUGUAGAACGCUGUUGAUUAAUUAAUCGAAGUCGCCAUGUAUCAGAGUUGUUAUCGGACAGUGGUAAACGCUUACCGGUUUAAUAAGUAGAAACAAAAUUCUUGUUU